AUGAAGAAACUCUCAUGUUUAAUUCUUUUUCUCAGCCUUGCAUCAAGUUCUCUCGCGGUCGACCCGUCGAGUCAGCCAAUUUACGAAAGCUUUCUCAAGUGUUUCAGCAACCAAACAUGUACAACUCCAGAUAAAUUAUGCGACGUUGUCUUGCCACAGAGCAGUGCAAGUUUCACCCCAACGCUACGUGCCUACAUCCGAAACGCGCGUUACAACACUUCCACGUCCCCAAAACCUUUGAUCGUAAUCGCGGCGCGUUCUGAGGCACACGUCCAAGCCACCGUCCUCUGCACCAAAUCUCUCAACUUCCAGCUCAAGACUCGCAGCGGUGGCCAUGACUACGAUGGUGUUUCCUACAUAUCUAACCGCCCUUACUUCGUACUCGACAUGUCUUAUCUCCGUAACAUAACGGUCGAUAUGGCUGAUGAAGGCGGCUCUGCAUGGGUUGGAGCCGGCGCUACACUUGGAGAGGUUUAUUACAACAUUUGGCAGAAAAGCAAAAGUCAUGGUUUUCCCGCUGGAGUAUGUCCCACCGUCGGCGCUGGAGGUCACAUUAGCGGUGGAGGGUACGGAAACAUGAUCAGGAAAUACGGACUUUCCGUGGAUUACGUCACGGACGCCAAGAUCGUGGACGUGAACGGGCGGAUUCUAGACCGGAAAGCGAUGGGAGAGGAUCUUUUCUGGGCCAUUAGAGGUGGAGGCGGUGCGAGUUUCGGUGUGAUCUUAGCCUUCAAGAUAAAACUCGUUCCGGUUCCUCCGACAGUGACUGUUUUCAGAGUGGAGAAAACCCUAGAAGAAAAUGCUCUAGACAUGGUCCAUAAAUGGCAGUUUGUUGCUCCCAAGACCAGCCCGGAUCUUUUCAUGAGGUUACUGAUGCAACCCAAGACGAAGAACACAACUCAGACGGUUCGUGCGUCCGUGGUGGCUUUGUACUUGGGGAGACAGAGCGAUCUCAUGUCUCUGCUAGGCAAAGAAUUCCCGGAGCUUGGUCUGAGGACGGAGAACUGCACGGAGAUGACGUGGAUACAGUCGGUGAUGUGGUGGGCCAACAACGAUAACGCCACCCUAAUCCAACCGGAGAUUCUUCUUGAGAGAGAGCCUGAUUCAGCGUCUUACUUGAAAAGGAAAUCGGAUUACGUGGAGACAGAGAUCAGCAAAGAAGGUCUAAGUUUCUUGUUCACGAAGAUGAUGGAGACUGGGAAACUAGGGCUCGUUUUCAACCCCUAUGGAGGGAUAAUGUGCCAAGUUCCUACGACUAAGACCCCGUUCCCUCACAGGAAAAGGCUAUUCAAGGUGCAGCACUCAAUGAACUGGAAAGAUGCGGGGAUAGAAGCAGAGAACAGUUUCAUGGAAAAGACGAGAAGCUUCUACAGCUACAUGGCUCCUUUCGUCACCAAGAAUCCAAGACACACGUAUCUCAACUACAGGGAUCUUGACAUAGGGAUCAACACUCAUGGCCCAAACAGUUAUAGAGAGGCCGAAGUUUACGGGAGAAAGUACUUCGGAGAAAAUUUUGAUAGGUUGGUCAAAGUGAAAACAGCGGUGGAUCCGGAAAACUUCUUCAGGGAUGAGCAGAGUGUACCUACCUUGCUAACUAAGCCAUCCAUGAGAUAG